UUGAGUUCCUUGAAUAUAACCAUCAAGGUUUUCCAGAAGAUUCUGUUACCGAUUAUGAAUACUCCAGUUGGAUGACUCCAUAUGCUCCCAAUGUGCUGUCUCCAGUAUGAGUAUUUCCAAAGAGUUUGAGUUAGUUGGCAGUGUUUGUAGAAGCAGAGGUUUCUCUUCAUCUUCUCUGGCAAUGCCAUCCAUAUCUGGAUGACAAAAGUUGGCUGGAGCCAGGAGUGGUUCCUGCCUACUCUAGAUUGGGCAUGAACUUCUCAAAGUGUGCAGGUCCCCUCCAAACCCAAAUCUGUCUCUAGAAUCUGCUUUCCUCACUUAUGUUAUCUGUCAGGUAGGCGUUUGUGCCGGUAAGCCCUGGACUAUACCACAUGGCCAGAAUCAUCAAGCAGUUUUGAACUUGAGCCAAGUUGAGAGUUUGGUGUGUGAUGUGAACAGCAUGGAUUUGAGUCAAAACACUGGGUUUGAAUUCCAGAGCGGUUCCUGGUGCAAAAACUUCUCUCUGUGGGAUCUUUGCAGACCAAAACCCAAUAAUCCAGAGACUGCUUGGGUGUAGAAAGCUUUAAGAUGAUGUAACUGUGCCUUAUGCUCCCACCUAUAAAAUAGCCUACUGAGUCAGAGGGCUUAUACUGAUUACACCACAAAUUACAUCAUCGGUAGCACACUGAGGGAACACAAGUGCGCUUUGUCAGGCCUCCCUUGGUGCCUGUUAACAAGUCACAGAGAUCAGCUCCUUUCGCCAUCUCUGCACUUUAGGACAGGGGUCAGCAAGCCACAGGUCUUAACUGGCAAAAACACAAAGAAGUAUUGAAGGUGGAUGUGGGAUGUGCAACCAUGUCUGCUCAGGGUCCUGUAUAAGCUUGGGAGAAGGGCUCCUAAACCAUCUGGGGAAUGUGGUAGUAGAACAGAAAUGAUUUCUUGCAAGAGAUGAUCCUUCAGCUUUUGAUUCUGAAGUGCGUUUUAAAAGAAUUAAUGGACUGUCUUUAGAAUAGUUUUAAGUUUACAGAAAAAUUGGAUGGAGAAUUCUAAUAUUGUUCGUUCCCUCACAACUUCCCCAUCCCUACACCACCGCCCGCGCAGUUUCCUUUAUCAUUGGAAUGUUGUAUUAGUAUAGUGCAUUUUUAGAAUUGAUAAGCCAGUAUUUGUAGAUUAUUAUGAGCACAGUCCACUCUUUACAUUAGAGUUCAUGCUAUAUGUUAUGCACAGUUCUAUGGGCAUCGACAAAUGCACAACAUGAUGUGUCUAUUAUUAAAGCAUAUAGUAGGGUUCACUAUCCUGAAAAUUCCCUGGGCUUCAGUUAUUCCUAGCCUAGUCCCCAAUCUUCAGUAGUCACUGACCUUUGUCCUCUUUAUAGUUUUGCCUUUUCCAGAAUAUUAUAAAUUUGUAUUGUACAGUUUAUAGCCUAUUCUAACUGAAUUCUUUCCCUAAGCUCGUAUCAUAUCGGAUGAAUACACCAGUCUAUUAACUUAUUCUUGAGAAUCAACUUGGGCCUCUCAAAAAGACCUGUUGAAAUCCUGUUCCUUCAGUGUCUGUGAACAUGACCUUCUUUUUUACAGGCCUCUGGAAGUGAGCCCUAACCCAAUGUGACAGAUAUCCUGACAGAAGAAAAUGCCAUGUGAAGAUACAUGGAGAUCAUUGGUGUCAUUGUAAAGCAGUGACCAGCAAGGCUCCACAGUCACUGCCAGCACCAGGAAGCAGCAAGCAAGGACUUGCAACAGGCUCGCAGGCUCAGUCGACCCACUGACUCCAGGCACCUACCUCGAGAAUAGUGACAGAGACUCCACAAUGGCGGAGCUGCUUUCUCCAGAGGACAGUACAGAUCAGGUAUGCACCUUCCUCUUCAGAAAGCCUGGGCAGAGAGGGGCUGCAGGCCGCCGAGGGCGCCGGGUCUGCCACCCCGAGUCCGGAGACAGUGACCAAAGUAGCAGCGAUGAAGGCAGCACAGUGGUCCGACCGCAGAAGAAGCGAGUGGUCCACAAUCCAAUGAUACAGAAGACACGCAGCAGUGCUAAGCAGAGAGCAUCCCGUGGCCACUUGAGCAGCGACGAGGAGGAGCCAGGAAAUGAGCCAGAGACUCUGGGAGUGGUCUACAAAUCCACCCGCUCGGCGAAACCCGUGGGGCCGGAGGACAUGGGGGCGACAGCCAUGUUUGAGCUUGACACAGAGAAGGAGCUCGACGCGCAAGCCAUCUUUGAGCGUAGUCAGAGGAUCCAGCAGGAGCUGAGGGGCAAGGAGGAUGACAAGAUCUACCGGGGAAUCAACAAUUAUCAGAAAUACAUGAAGCCCAAAGAUACGUCCCUGGGCAAUGCCUCUUCCGGGCUGGUGAGGAAGGGCCCCAUCCGGGCCCCCGAGCAUCUGCGGGCCACUGUGCGCUGGGAUUACCAGCCCGACAUCUGCAAGGACUACAAGGAGACUGGCUUCUGCGGCUUCGGGGACAGCUGCAAGUUCCUCCAUGACCGUUCAGAUUACAAGCACGGGUGGCAGAUCGAGCGUGAGCUCACUGAGGGUCGCUAUGGGGUCUGUGAGGACGAAGAUUAUGAAGUGGGAAGCAACGAUGAGGAAAUACCGUUCCGGUGUUUUAUCUGUCGACAGACCUUCCAGAACCCAGUUGUCACCAAAUGCAGGCAUUAUUUCUGCGAGAAGUGUGCGCUGCAGCAUUUCCGCACCACGCGGCGCUGCUACGUCUGCGACAGACAGACCAACGGCAUCUUCAAUCCAGCCAAAGGCCUGAUUGCCAGGCUGGAAAUGCAUCGAGGGUCGGCAUCCAGUGCUGCAGCCCACUUCCCAGCAGACCCCGAGGAGGCUUCGGCCCCCAUUGCUUAGGUUUCCCUAAAUCUUAAAAAUAAAUAUUUGGUUGUUCUU